AAAGCAAAAUGUCGUCUACUUUUACUUAUUCUACGAAAGAUAAGUUUACUAUGCAUUACUAGGUAGUUCGUUAUAAAGGUGGAUGCUGGUUAUUAUGGAGCUGAUUGUAGGUCCCUGGUGCCAGUGAUGGGCGGGUGAGGCUCACGGGCUGCUGACACACCGCGUGCUGACACGCGCGCAGGGAGGCAUCUAGCAAAGAUGGGCCGAUUUCGUUCCCCGGCGGCGUUGCUGCUGCUGCAGCUGCUCCUGCUGCUGCUACUGCAUCUCGGCGGCCUAGAGGCAUCCUGCACAGCUGGAAGCUCUCGGAGAUUCAUCACGAUCACGUUCCUGCAGCUGGACACGGAAUGCUCCUACGACUAUGUGUUCAUAUACGACGGCAACAACUACAGCGCCCCCACGCUGGCAACCCUCAGCGGCCCCACGGUUCCGCCGCCACUCACGGCCACAUCCGGAUACAUGUUGGUGCAUCUAUACAGCGAUACAAACUACGCUCGCGCGGGCUUCAACGCCUCCUACGAGAUCCACGACUGUCCGGCCGACUGUAACGAGCAUGGCUCGUGCAGUGCCACUCUGGGGCGCUGCUCCUGCUACCCGGGCUGGAAGGGCGACUCCUGUCACGUGGAGAUCUGCCCUGAGGGCUGCGGCGAGGCGCGCGGGAGGGGGACGUGCAGCGCGGAGGCGCAGAGGUGCGUGUGUGAGGACGGCUACGCCGGCGACAGCUGCAGCCUGCACACGCUCGGCCAGCAGGGCGACAACGCGUGGCAAAACGUGUCGUGCGACGGCUGCGGCCUCGCGCCCCGCGCCGCCCACGCCGCCGCCUACCUACCCGACACCGGCGCCCUCUGGCUGUUCGGCGGCUACACGCUCAACGCGAUCCUCGGCGACCUCGUCGCCUACAACUUCAGCGAGGGCCGCUGGGUCGCCGUGACGACGACCGCGGGGUCAGCGGCGCCCUCCGCGCGCUACGGCCACGCGAUGGCUGCCUACGACGGCGCCCUCUGGAUGUACGGUGGCGCGACGGCCGACGGCUCGUACUCGGACGAGCUGUGGACGUACGAUCCCGCGGGCAGCAGGUGGCGCCGGCGCGGCGCGGGCGGCGACACGGGGCUGCCGGGACUCGCCGGACACUCGCUGACGCUCGUGCGCGACCGGUGGCUCUACCUGUACGGCGGCAUCGGCGACGACGAGCUCUCCUCGGCGAUGUUCCGCGUCGACGUGCGGCGCGCCGGCGCCACCUGGGAGCGCGUCGUGCACCGCAACGGCAAGGGGGCGCCGCACCGCGUCGUCGGCCACUCGGCGGUGUUCCACGCCGAGACGGCAUCGCUGCUCGUGUACGGCGGGUUCGCACAUCGCGAGCACCGCGCGUGGUUUGGCCGCCGCGUAGCCGCGCUCUGGGCCUACCACGUCGACGAGAACGUCUGGCUGCAGCUGGAGACGGGCGACAGCGGCGCCCCCUACCUGCACCCGGCCGCCAUGCCGCCCGCGCCGCGAGCUUAUCACAGCGCCAACAUCAUAGGUAACUACAUGGUCGUGUACGGUGGCAAUGCCUACUUAGCAGACAGCGGCGACCUGUGCCACGAUCGAUCGAUGCACUUCUACCAUCUAGGCUGUCAGACUUGGGUCGACUUUCCCAACCUCGCGAAGGCCUUUGCUAAGCUCACCGACACCGCUGGUUACGAGCAGCGUGCGGCGUCCGCGCGUCGCAGUCAAAAGCGGCGGACGCACGACUCCACGUUCGUCAUCGUUCGUAUUCAGGCAGCACUCGCCACUCGCCGUCCUAACGUCCGCGCGAAAAACGACAAAAAUUAA